UAUAAUCGUUCAUGCAGUUUGAAAUUUAAAGUUUCAUAAUUUUAUACCAAGAUAAAACAGAUAGCGCUCAUUUCCGAGUCGCAGAUUCAUGUUCUCCAGAAAUAAAGACAUGUCCAAUCUUGUUAUAUUUGUAAUCAUUGGUAUUACUUUUCAGUUCAAAUUCGUAAAGUUAACUAUAGAUGUGUGUAAAUAUAUUGUAGAUGAAACAUAGCACGUGUUAACAUGGUUAUGUUCGUUAGCAUUUUAAAAAGUAUAUUUUAGAUACAUUUGAAAAUCUAUUUAUUACUCAACUUAAUGCGAUAUACUUGUAUAAAUUGUAGCAAGUAUUUAAAAUAAACGUUAUAAAAUGGGGAAACGAAAAGCAAAAUCAAAUGACGAAUUAGAAUCAACAAAUGAAAGUAAUGAACUUACGACUUACAAUGAGAAAAGAGGAAAGUAUGAGAAACCUUUAUUAAAUACUGGUAAAGGAAACAACAAACACGAUACUGAGUUUAGAAAAGGAAAUGAUGGAACAUUAAAACAGGACUCUAUGGAAAAACUUAACUGGUCAGAGUUUAGAAAACAGAAAAAGGAACUUAGGGAAAAAUUCAAAGCCAAAAGGUUCAGCAACAUUUACAAUAUAUUAGUUACAGUCAAACAAAUUGGUGAAAAGUUACGCAGGUCUGAUUGUUCAGAAAAAAAACGUGCAAAAUUAAUUUCAAAGGCACAUAAUUUAUUAACAAAUAAUUAUAGUAGGGUGGUGCUUACACAUGAUAUGUCUCGUAUCAUUCAGUGGAUGUUUAAGUAUAGUGAUUCCAAAAUUCAACAGGAUAUUUUUAAGGAGCUACAACCUUUACUUUUAUCAAUGAUUGAAUCAAAGUAUGCAAAGAGUUGUAUUAAGAUUAUGUUGAAACAUGGUUCUCCAGAAAUGAGAAGUAAUAUUGUUUCUAGUUGUUAUGGGAAUGUAGUGAGACUCAUGAGUCAUUCUGUAUCUGUACCAAUAUUAGAAAUUAUAUAUUCAAAGUGGUCAACAGAUGAAGAAAAAAUAUGUCUCAAACAGGAAUUCUAUGGUGAUAUGUAUAAAAUGGCUAAGGAUAAGAAUGUCAAAACUUUAUCCGAUGUUUUUAAAACUGCAAAAGAUAUGAAGUCAGCAACAUUAACAGCUGUAAAAGGAAAUCUAAUGAGGAUAUUGAAUAAAGGACUUUUACAUUGUCCUCUUGUACACUGUGUUCUUUUCGAAUUUUUAAAUAAUUGUUCCAAUGAAGAUAGGACAGAGAUGAUAGUUAUGUUGAGAAACUUUAUAUUAGAAUUGUCUGAAUCAAAAAUUGGUGCAAAAGUUGCUGUAAUAUGUAUAUGGAAUGGCACAAACAAGGAUAGGAAAAUUAUAAUGAAAUGUCUUAAAGAAAAUGUAAAAAACGUUUCAAUGUCAGAACAUGGGUAUAUAAUAUUAUUAGCAUUAUUUGAUUCAGUGGAUGAUACUGUUUUGUUAAAUAAACUUAUACUCUCAGAAAUACAAACAGAGCUAACAGAAAUAGCAUUAAAUGAAUAUGGAAAACAUGUAAUAUUAUAUCUAGUAGCUAGAAGAGAUUCUCAUCAUUUUCCUCCCUUAAUAGUUAAAUAUUUAGAACAAGGAGAUAACAAUGCAACCAGCAAGAAACCUGCUAACAUCAGGGAAAAAGAACUUCUUGAUUCAAUCUGUGAUUCACUUCUUGAAGCUAUAAUUACAAAUACAGCAGAUUGGAUGUCUAAUAGUUCUAUUGUAAUGGUAACCUUAGCCAUAUUAAAAGUAGGCACUGGUGAAAAAUUAACAAAAGCUUUUAAUUCCAUUGCUGCAUUUAUUACCGAUGAAAAAUCGAAAAUUGAAGAAAAGGGUAGCGAAUAUAAACCAAUUGAACAUUCUGGUAUACACAUGAUGUUAAAGAAACUUAUACAAAACGACAAAGAAUUGCAAAAGAAAGGAGAAAGUACAUUUGGAGAAACAUUAAUUGAUCAUUUAGAAAAUAAAACAAUAGAGGAAUGGAUAAAAUACAAUAGAGCAUGUUUUGUGUUAAUAUUAUUAUUAGAAAAUGAGGCACCGUCAACUGUCAAUACUUUAGUUUCAAAACUCAGACCUAUAAUGUAUAUUUUAGAAUCGAAAUCGCAUGCAGGAGCUAAAAUUUUAUUACAGAAACUACAAUAAAGCGAACGCUUACUGACACAAAAAUAUCAAUUUAUAAUAUGAAAAAUCGAAACCAUUUCAAAAAUUAAAAUAUAUCGUGAAUAAUUAUAACU